CAAUGACGCUCUCUGACAAAGAGAAUCAGCGCUCGCUCGAUGUUUUGGUGCGGCGCGAGCCGCCAUUUCACAGCCGUAUAUGAUUUUAUAAACGGAUGAUUGUUUCGCAAAAUAAAGCGAAUAACGCGGAAUUAUUUAGGGCUCGUUGUUUUAGAAGAGCUCUCGAUAUCUGAAGGUUUUAAAGAUGGAAGCUGAACCUGAGCAGGUGGAAGAGACUAAAGAGGUGAUGGAGGUCACAGAAGCAUCUUCACAGGAGGACUCUGUACCUGAAAGCAAAUCCAGGGGUCGUGGAGUAAAGGGACGUGGCAGAGGUGGACGGAUGGGCCGAGGAGGUCGUGGUGGGCGAGGAAUGAUGAUGAAAGGGUUCAGGCCUCCGGGUCACGCGAGGGGCAGAGGCCGUGAUGGCUUUACAAAUGGAUUUGGGCCCAUGAGGCGGGGCAUGGGUAGAACGCGGCCUUAUCCGGACAUGCGUGGGCGAAGAGGCGGUCCAAUGGGAAUGUACUUGGGUCCGCCCCCUCCUCCACCGCUCCCACCCAUGCACAUGAGAGGACCUCCACCUCCAAUGCACAGGCAUGGCCCGCAUGGCCCGCCUCCCCCUCCACCGCCAGGACACCCGGGUUUCAGAGGGCGGCCCCCGCACCCGAGGGGGCGGAACAUGAUGCCUCCCGGCCCUCCGCGAUUUUUCCAUCCCCGAGGCUACCACAACGGAUCGGCCCCUCCUCUGCCCCGCCCGCCUCCAGGCAGGGGCCAGCGCUGGCCGGGGCCCCCUGGUGGCCGGAGGUUUUAACAGUUAAAAUCUCGUGCUCCGUAGCGUUAAUGGCCACCGAAAAAUUUGUGUCCAAACAGACUCGCAGGUCCAUUUGCUGUAAAGACACACUACAUUUUUCUGUUACUGUAUCUGAGGAGAAAGCCCCAAAACAUUUAAAAGCGCUCUCACUCUUUUGUAGAGAAAGAAACAUGUUCUUUUAGUUGAUUUUAAGUGUAUUUCAUGAGAAUUUUACUCCUAAGUGUCGUCCAGUGUGCGUGGUGCUAUUCCUGUGAGCCUUAAACAAUCUUUUUCCUUUAUUUGAAAAGAAAGUAAAGUGCAUUUUAGUGAACGAAAAGUUAAGAAAGACUAAACGAGUGACUGAACGUCCACCGUCAUUCCUCAGUAUUUAUGUCUCUUGAUAUAUCUGUACUCCUUGGACCUUUGUUUAAAUGACGUCAGUCCGCUGACAUUUAUCAAACACUUCAUUCACCCCCUUAUAUGUUUUUACGCAUGUGUAGUGCUCAUAAAUUAAUGAUUUAAUACCAUAAAUGUGCAGCUACUUGAAUUCUACUUUAAAGUGAAAGUAUUGCUGUUUGUGUUCAAUGACAUUCUGUUACAACCACAGUUACAUGGAUUUAUUACAUGACAGUAGAGUAGCGCUACAGUUUAUACCUCUUGAAAUGAAUAUUUCCUUGCUUUUCUAUUUCAAAGCCAGGUCUGACAGUAUUUGAUUUAAAAUAGUACAAAUAAGUGUUCUGACGUGUUCUGGCACAUUCACGUGUUGUAACUGAUAAAGUCAUGUGAAGUUGUGGAUGUAAAUUGACAAGAUAACAGCUUUUGACUUAGUUUUGAAAACAAAACGAAAACAAAAUAAAGUUAAGAUCAAAUGACCUCUCUUUUUAUUGUCUAUUCAAACUUAAAAUGUAAUGAACUGCAAUCUCUGAAGAAGAAAAAAAUGGACAGCCAUAUGAAGAAAGUAUGUAUUUUUACUAUUUACAUGAGCGCAGAUAUAUUUUAUAAUCAUUGACAGGAGAACAGUCAUGACUGAUGAAUGUUGAUGAUUUGAAUUCACCUUUUCUAAUACUACUCCUAAAGAUUACGGCACAUGUACAUAAAGCUUAUAGUCUAUAGUCUUUUAUCAAGGAAAGUUUAAGCAUAUCUUUUCUAAUUAAAGUGGAGUGGGGCUUUUAAAGUUGUGUGGAGGGCUGAAAAUAAAACCUGAUCAAACCAAGUCCAAGGAUGUACUGAAUAUAGUCUGACCUGCCUGUCUCCCAGAAGCGGCUCCUGAUGAUUUGAAUGUUUCAGAAACAUCUCAUCUUUGAAUCAAAGUUCAGAUUCACACACGACACACUGCUCUCGAAGUGCAUGUAAUGGAUUAACCUCAUAAGAGUAAAUGGGUUUGUUCUCUUGGUAAUUAUAAUGGAACGUUAGAUUAAGAGGAAUAAUCCGGUUUGAUUUAUUACAG